AUGACAGCAACAAACACUUAUGCAAUAUUGGUCAUCUUCUGCUGUGCCAUCUCCUUUACCUUUGCUUCUGACCCUGACACACUUCAAGACCUUUGUGUUGCACUUCCCUCUUCAGGUGUGAAGGUGAAUGGAUUUGCCUGCAAGGCAGAAACAAAUGUGACAGAAGCUGAUUUCUUCUUUGCUGGUUUAUCCAAACCUGGAGUUAUCAACAACACAUUGGGAUCUGUGGUUACUGCAGCCAAUGUGGAAAAAAUCCCAGGACUUAACACAUUGGGAGUGUCUUUCUCUAGAAUAGACUAUAAAGCUGGGGGACUUAACCCACCUCACACACACCCUCGUGCCACUGAGAUUGUGUUUGUGUUGGACGGUCAAUUAGACGUGGGAUUUAUCACCACAGCCAACAAACUCAUCUCAAAGUCCAUUAAGAAGGGUGAAAUCUUUGUGUUCCCAAAAGGUUUGGUGCACUAUCAGAAGAACAGUGGAGAUAAGCCUGCUUCUGUGCUUUCUGCUUUCAACAGCCAACUUCCUGGAACCUUUUCUGUAUCUGCAGCUCUUUUCAGCUCAACACCAACUGUGCCUGAUAAUGUUCUUGCUCAAGCUUUCCAGAUUGAUACUAAACAGGUUGAUGACAUCAAGGCCAAGCUUGCUCCAAAGAAAAGUUAA